AUGAAUUGGCAGGUUGGUUUCCAUGGCGGCGUUUCUUCUUCACAGCACCCACUCAACGCCGACUCCUCCAGAGUACUCACUGAUGCCGUUUCCAUCGCAACAACAACAGCGUCAACGGUGAAACGAAACAACCGUGGAGCGCAUCAAACAAGGACUGGUGACCCAUGUGGCUACCUCAUUGACCAAGAGAGUAACCACGAUCCACCCAUGGCAGAAGCAACACAAUAG